UUUUUGAACGAACGUCACAAGUCAAAACAUUGGGGGGAUUAUAAUAAAAAUAACAUUUAAAUACUUGCGAAAUAACAGUUUUAAUAGUGUACAUACUAGUUUAUAGUCGUAAUAAUUAGAAUAGUGCCAGUUUCAAGUGUUGUGCAGUACAUAUUAAGUUAGAUAACCUCUGAAUCUCCAAUAGAAACAAUGUCGUUGAUGAUGCAUUUAAACCCAAUACUGGAAAAUGUAAAAUAUCUUAAACAAUUCUUACCGCACACAAUCAGUUUAUCAAGAACGCAGAAAGUUGUUGUUGUCUCAGUAACAGCCAGUAUGGCUUUGCUGGGAGUUCUUGCUAGAUAUAUGAGAAGAAGGAGGCAAGUGGUUGAUCCCAAAAAAUUUAAACGUAAUUUUGGAAAAAGGGCACGAGCGUCAGGAAUCAGGAGCCCUAAUGCAGAUAUGAUGAGCCAAGCAAGCAGCGGUCGUCGAAGUAACGCUUAUAGUGGUUACAGUGAUAGGGGUACUGUUCGUCAAAGUUCCGUUUUGGGUGGAGGAAGCGAACGUGCAUCCGUUGCUUCCGGAAGCUUAGUAAGCGGUGGAAUACUUCCGGAAGCCGGAGAUACUGUUCAUCUCACACCGCAGCAGCUGGGAGUUAUGG